UCGGACUGCGCGCUCCCCACGCCUGCUGGUCGCUCGCGGGUUGCUGGGUGCUGGUAAUUCACUGUUCCAGCGUCAGAAGAACAAGUAGGUCCCUGGGUUUCAACUUCUUGUGCUGAAGCUGUGCAUCACCAUAAUGAGGCUUGUAAUCCUUGAGAACUAUGAGUUGGCCAGUGAAUGGGCAGCCAAAUACAUCUGUAAUCGUAUCAUUCAGUUCAAACCUGGACAGGACAGAUAUUUUACACUGGGCUUACCAACAGGGAGUACACCUUUAGGAUGUUACAAAAAGCUAAUAGAGUAUCACAAAAGUGGAGAUCUUUCUUUUAAAUAUGUGAAGACGUUUAACAUGGAUGAAUAUGUAGGACUUCCAAGAAAUCAUCCUGAAAGCUACCAUUCUUAUAUGUGGAAUAACUUUUUUAAGCAUAUUGAUAUAGAUCCUAAUAAUGCUCAUAUCCUUGAUGGGAAUGCUACAGAUUUACAAGCAGAAUGUGAUGCAUUUGAAAAAAAAAUAAAAGAAGCUGGAGGAAUAGAUCUUUUUGUUGGAGGAAUAGGUCCAGAUGGUCAUAUUGCUUUCAAUGAGCCAGGAUCCAGUUUAGUAUCAAGAACAAGAUUAAAGACUCUAGCAAUGGACACCAUUUUGGCAAAUGCUAAAUACUUUGAUGGAGAUUUAUCCAAAGUGCCAACUAUGGCUCUAACUGUUGGUGUGGGGACAGUGAUGGAUGCUAGAGAAGUAAUGAUCCUCAUAACAGGGGCACACAAAGCAUUUGCCCUGUACAAAGCAAUAGAAGAAGGAGUCAAUCACAUGUGGACUGUUUCAGCUUUCCAGCAGCAUCCCCGAACUAUUUUUGUAUGUGACGAAGAUGCUACUUUAGAAUUAAGAGUAAAAACUGUGAAAUACUUUAAAGGUUUAAUGCAUGUGCACAAUAAACUUGUGGAUCCACUGUACAGUAUGAAAGAAGGAAAUUGAAGGAGAUUGGAGCAAAAUUCUGCUUGAAAGAAAAGAACACUUUUUUUUAAUUCAUAGAUGACUUUUCAGCUAUGCAAUAUGAUAAAAAUGGGAAACUUUUGAAGGUUAUCAUUUUUACAGCUCAGUAUAUGUUAAACAUUCCAUAUUUAGAAUGUUUCUAUUUUAUGCCAUGGUUUAGAAGUAGUUUACUCUUUGAAUUGGUUGGCUAUUUAUUAUAAAGUACAUAAUCUAUAUAGCUGCCUAUAAAAUGGAAUAGAAGUGAAAUGUCUGCCUAUUUAAGAACUUAGUCGUGUCAGAGAUUCUGCACAUCAGAUAUCAUUUGUAACAUGAUCUCUGUGACAUAGAUUUUUAUUAAUUUCAAGAAGACACUCCAAGCUUUUCAGAUACCAAACCACUAUCAUUGCUUUGCUUUUGGAAUGGUAUCUUUUUACUUCCUGUGCAUUACACACAUGCUUUUCUGCACAUGGUUGCCUUAGUCAUCUUUCUGGAGUUGUAUCUGGACAUCAAAUGUCCUGCAAUAUAUUGUUGCUCUGCUAUCAAUUUGAAGAGAUGACAGUGCCUAAAAGUACAGUUUACAUCAUUUUGGAAAGUAUGUGUGUGUUUUUGUGCACCUGUUCAUGCACUUUUUUUUUAACAAAUAAUGCUUAUUUUUAUUUAAUGAUUGGGGCCUAUAUCCUUAAUAUAAGUAUCUUGGCAAUUAUGAGCUUUAUACCUAGCUACAAA